AUGAGUCGAAUGGCAAGUAACGACCGAAUAAAACGGCAUGCAAUAGAACGCUAUACUGCAAGUAAAAUUUAUCAGGAAUUAGAACGUAUUGAUAAAGUGAAUGAACAAAAACUAGAAGAAAACGUUCUCAAACAAUUUAAUUCACAAUAUAGUAAUCAAACGAAAUUCGUUGGUACCAGUGAUCAGAAAUACUUUUUAAAUAUUCUACAUUUUCUUAUAAAGAAAAGAUUACUCGCUCCUACAAAGAAGGCCGUCAUAUCACCUACAUUCUAUGCCUUGCGAAUUCUUCUACGUGAAUAUGAAUUUUUGCUUGUUUUUAUUGAAGAAAAUGGAUUACUGGGUUUGAAACAGCAAAUGGACCUAUAUGCUCAUUAUUUGACGCCAAAUUUAUACGAUAGUAAUAACGAAGUAUCUUGUGUCACAUCUAAUGCACUUGGAGAUAUCCUUAGAAUUCUUCAAAAAAUUCUGAUUGGUUCAUCGGAUCAUGCUGAGCAAGAUUCUUUGAUAUCAAGUAACAUAAUUGCAUCGAUUACAUACCUGUUAAAUCAUCGACACUUUCCAUUCCUAAACGAAACAUUGAGAUUGAUCUUACAUAUGAUUGACAAAUCAGAAUUAUAUAUGAAUGAAUUUCUUCAAUCAGAAAUCAUCGAAAAUCUUCUUCAUCUAUUAGAGUACAAAGAUCUAGAAACGACCCAACUAUCUUUCCAUCUACUAGCAACUUUUUUCUCUUAUCCUGGUAUACAUCAGUAUAUUCCACGUAUUCCAGACGACUAUCUAUACACGUUUACAAAUUAUUUGAAUCAUAGUAAUGUCAAAGUUCUUGAACAUGCAAUAUGGUGUUUAGCACAUUGUGCUGCGAAUGAAGAUGAACGACGAAGAAUACGGUUAACUGGUGCUAUUCCACUCUUACUUUCAUUGUUAGAAAGCGGAGAACGAUUUGAUUAUUCAUCUCUUUCAACCAAAACAAAUCGAAUCCAAUCAGGAUCAAGUACGGCACGAAAAACUCAAGGAGAUCUUGAGGAAACCAAGAAAUAUUCGGAAUUGGAUCAAUUUUAUGAUAUGCAAUCUUCUUGCUGCAAUUGCCUAGCUGAAUUAUCAUGCGAUAAUACCAAUAGACAAACAAUUAUCGAGCAAAAUGGAAUUUAUAUCUUAGCUGUGCUUCUUUUCCCAAAAGAUAAGGAACUUCAACGAUUAGAAACGUUUAUUCAUUUACAACGAACAGUGUUCAAAACUUUACGAUUUUUAUAUCCAUCCAAUGAAAAUCAUCAUCGGCAACAGUACAAACGAUUGUUUCCACCAAACAUAUUCGAAUUAUUUGUCGGAGCUGGAUAUUUUCAGCGUGAUCCUGAUGCUUACCAAGCGAUAACACAUGCUUGGAAUGCAAUCCCUCUCGAAGAAUUAAAUCAAAUUAAAGCUGAACGUUUACUAGCAAUCAAUCCAAAGCAAGAGCCAACGAGAUACAUUCGAGAUUAUGGUGUUUAUGAAUGUCUUGGAUCGGGUGCAUUUGGAUCUGUGUAUCGAGUAGCGACACGUGGAUCAACAACGAUGUACGCGUUGAAAGAGAUCAAUCAACGUUCGCUAAAAACCGAUGCAGAACGUAGUUUAGGAGAUAUGAUUAGUGAAGUAAGCAUCAUUCGUGCAAAACCUCGUCAUCCUAAUAUUGUUAGUUACCAUCAAUUAUUCAUCGAAAAUGAUAAUAUAUAUGUGAGAAUGGAAUUGAUCAUUGGAUCAACACUACAAGAACAUCUUGUAUUAAUGAAACGAACAAAUCAAACAAUAUCAAAAGAAAAUAUCUGGCGAGUGUUCAUCCAAUUGAUGCUUGCGUUACGAUAUUUACAUAAAGAAAAAGGAAUUGUUCAUCGGGAUUUAACAGCGAAUAAUAUUAUGCUAGAUGAUGAAUAUAGAGUGAAGAUUACUGACUUUGGUUUGGCUAAAUUACGUGAUGAUAAUUCGAGUAAGAUGACAUCGGCAGUCGGUACAUUGUACUAUGCCUGCCCAGAAAUCAUUCAACAUUGCAAUUACAACGAAAAAGCUGACAUUUGGAGUUUAGGUUGUGUACUUUACUACAUGAUCGUCUUAGAAUUACCAUUCAAUACUCCAAAUAUCUUAUUACUAGCGGAAAAAGUAUGUAAAGGUGACUAUGAUCGAACGCCAUUACGCCAGCAUUCGAAACGAUUACAAGAAACGGUCAUCGAAUGUCUAAUCGUUGAUCCGAUCCUUCGUCCAGACAUAUCUGACAUUGCUCGAUUGUGCACAGAAGAAUUGAUGUGCUACAUGGAUCGUUCAUGUAGUACAAUACAAUCGUUGGAAAAGCGCUUACAGCAACGAGAAAUGAAAUGGGAUUCUUAUCUUGCUAAACAAUAUCAUUCAAGGUGUAUGAGUUGUUCAAGUGUUAAAGAAUCACCAGCUGAUAAUAGCAGUGGAAUUCAAGGUGUGAACUUCGAAGGAAUAAUAGACGAGCAACAUGAUACGAGCAAACAAGAUUCAAUCUCAGACUGUGAAACAAUCGAUAAUGCACUGAGUACUUUGACAAAAUCGAAUAACAAUCGGCAACAUGAAAAUGCCAACAGUCAGACUCGCUUACCGGAAUCAUUCAAUACAUCAUUCGAAAGUGGUUAUGAUAGUAAUCAACUACGACAAAGAUUUCAUUCUUCGUCUAGUAUGUCAAGUAUAGAACGAAAAUCAAGUGCAACAUCUAAUCGAUCACGACCAUCGUCUGGAUCUGGACCAAUCAGUAUCCCAAAUUCGCGACUUCGGCCAACCGAUCCGGUUACUCAAUUACUUGACGUUGUUCAUAAGAUAGUUUAUAUUUCAUGUUUCUUACCAACACCCAGCACUGAUAAACAGCGACGUUUAGUUGAUCGUUAUUGUCGUAGUUUAUUUUCUAGAAGUUCAUCUCACAAUCUAAAAAGUGAAUUAAUAAAGUUAUCCCAUCAUUCGAAUGAUCCUAUUGAAAUCGAUUCAUUGGUCGGACGAAGAACACUCAACUUUCACUUCUUAACCAAAUCUUCGUCAUCAAAUACUUUCUCAAAUCUUAAAACAGGAGAUAUCACCAUACCAGAAAACGACGGAGCAAUUACAUAUGAACAAAUGAUGUCAUACAUCGAUGAAAUCCUUUCCGAAACAGAUUAUUCCAAAGAGACAAUGAUGUCUGUAUCAUCUGCCGGUGAAUGCCUUCCACCAACUGCCCAAAAAGCCCAUCGACCUCCUCGACAGAAAAGAUGA